UAAUUUUUUAUGGUCCAACUAUACCUAAAUAAAAGGAAAUGGCGUUUUACGAUAAUGACCACUGGCUCUUGUCGCAUAUCCGAGAUAGUUUUUUACUAACAGACAAUACAGGUCAGUGCGAAAUGGUGAUGGUCGGAGAAGAUAUUCCUAAACAACUCAAAUCAAACUGUAUGCUACACUGUUAUCCUGGUAUGGAAGAAAGUGACGACGAAGAUCUGGAUGCUCUCGUAGAAUCAUACGACGUACAGAUGGACAUGGAGUACAGCCAUAGAGAACGGUCUAAUACUGCUAAAAGGCUAGAGAAAAUGGACCUCGAAAGAAAGAAGGCUGCCAAAGUAAAUGUAAAAUGGGAAAACAAUCCUACCAUGUCUCUCACUCAACAGUCGGAAUUAUUUCAAAGAAAAGACUUUCGUAAGAAACCUGGCCAAUCCAAUAAAAGAUAUUCUCUUUUAUCCGAGCAGCUUGAAAAAUGUCCAAAUCUACCACAAAAUCCAUUCAUGGAAUAUGCUAAGUUCGAUGGUAGUGCACAAGUUGAUAUUCCUAUCAGAAAGUAUAGGAUUUUUAUGUGUAUGUUACCUAAAGAACACAGAAUGUAUCCUAUUCAAAUAAUUGUAGUCGCUACUGCGAAAGUGCUGGAGUUCAUUGGAUUAAUUUGUUACAAAUAUGCAAACGAACAUCCAGAUCAUCCUCUAAAGGAAGAUAUUACAAGAUACGGCUUAUAUUUCACAGAAGAUGACGGCGAGGUCGAUUGGGAUUUACCUUGCCUAGAUCCAAGAGAAAUUAUUUCGAAAUUUGAAUUUACAACCCUAGGCCUUACAGAAAUGAAACCCAGCGAUAGAGCAAGAUACAAUAUGAUCGGUCGUGUGGAAACUAAAGACGAAGAUGACUUUCUAGAAAGACAGAACAAAGAACAAAAAGAAGUUGCAGAAGAUCUGGCAAAGAUGGAAGGUCACACCACUGCCAUGGAAGCUCCAUUAUAUCAAUCGUACAGGGUGUAUAUAAUUAACAAAGUCAGAGCAAAGACUGAAAUUUACCUGGGAAUCUCAGGUGAAAAAAUUGAAAUCAAUCCAGUAAUGACUGGUAAAGGUGCUGGACGCUUUUGGAAUAGACAACGUGCUGUUAGCUAUCAAAUAGAUAAUAUUGCCUGGUGUGAAAUAACAGAAACAAAGGGAUCAAAAACAAUUUUUACAAUAGUUUACACUCCACAUACUUCUACUUCCGAGAAUAUUUUAGCAUCAUCUGGACAAUUUAAGAAUCACGAAUUCGAGGCUGACUCAAUAACCGCCGAAGAGAUUGUUAGAAAAAUAAAUCAUAUACUUGAAUUACACAACAGUACAUCAAGAAAGGAAUACUUAUCUCAAAAGGAAAGAAAAGCCGCUAGACGCAAGAGUUUUCACUUGCACAGAUGACAACUCUACUGGUUUCUGUGUUCCAUACUAAAUUAUUUAAAACAUUCAUCGUUCUGACGCAAUCAGAAG